AUGAGUAGCGCAGUCAACGCGCAGAAUAUGGAUUCUGCCGGUGACGAGGAUGACACGGACAAAGGACGGAACGCCGAAACGAAACCGAUGGUUCCCGGUGGAUCCGAAGGGAAAAAGAAGAACGUUUUUUUAAAUGAUGAUGAAGAGGAUUCCGGGAAAGGUUUGGCGCGAACGCUCACGUUGACGAACAGUGUCACAAUGAUUGUUGGUUGUAUUAUUGGAUCGGGAAUUUUUGUAAGUCCCACGGGAGUCCAAGAAGCGGCUGGUUCUGUUGGUGCUUCACUCAUCAUCUGGGUCCUGUGUGGAUUAUGGUGCGGUCUUGGCGCAUAUAUUUACGCAGAACUUGGAACGCUAAUCACCAAAUCGGGUGGUGAUUAUGCGUAUAUUAUGGAAGCCUUUGGUCCAUUUAUCGGUUUUUUGCGGUUAUGGAUUGAAAGUAUGGUUGUCAGGCCAUGCGCCCUCACUAUUGUUGGACUAACGUUUGCACUCUACAUGCUUCGACCAUUCUAUCCAGAUUGUGAUCCACCACCUGGAAGUAAAGAAUUGUUAGCAGCAGUAAUGAUAAUGAUUCUGGGUGCUGUAAAUUGUUGGUCAGUUAAACUGGCAACUAUCGUACAAGACUGGUUCACGUAUGCAAAAAUUGUCGCACUUUUAUUAGUGAUCUUCACAGGAGCUUUUCUUUUGAUAUUCGGUGGCCCACAAUACAGAGAUUCGUUCGAGAAUAUCUUCGAAGGGAAUUUUCGGGAUUUCUAUCAGGCAUCCGUUGGUUUCUACUCAGGCCUAUUCGCCUAUCAAGGAUGGACGUAUCUCAACUUUAUCACCGAAGAACUUAUCAAUCCGAAGAAGAAUCUCCCGCUUGCUGUUAUGUACUCUUGUGUUAUUGUAACUUUGAUCUACACAUUAUUCAACAUUGCAUUAUAUGUUGUUAAUUCACCUGAUGAGAUGCUCAUCAGUCCUGCUGUUGCAGUUUUAUUUGCCGAGAAAGUUUACGGUAAAUUCGCAUUCAUAAUGCCGUUGUGUGUUGCGAUCUCAACUGUCGGCUCAGCAAAUGGUGUCAUUAUGACGAGUUCCAGGUUGUUUUACUGUGGCGCUCGUGAAGGGCAUAUGCCAGUUCUGUUAACUAUGAUCAACAAAAAACUAAGGACACCAAUUCCGGCAGUAAUUUUUACGUGCAUGGUCUCGAUUGGCUACCUGUUCCUAUCCAGUAAUCUCUACGUACUCAUCACAGCUAGUCAAGUAACUGCAUGGCUUGCAAUUACCGUGGUCACCAUAGCUUUAUUCCGGCUUCGAUGUAUGUAUCCUGAUGCUCCUCGACCUGUGAAGGUCAAUAUCAUUUUUCCUAUUAUAUUUGUGAUUGGUUGCACUGCUCUAGUUAUUCUUCCUAUUUUUGGCUCUCCAAUCGAUACAGCCAUUGGCUUUGCUGUUCUCUUCUCUGCUGUGCCGAUCUACGUUGUUUUCAUUUGGUUUGGAAAAAUGCCACAAUGUUUCAAUCGACUUAUGUAUAAAUUCACCGUAUUCUGGCAAAAAUUGUUCAUGCUGGUUGAUGAUAACAAAUACGAUUGA